AUGACGCUGAGUUUCGAAGUAAAAAGAGGCAAGCUCCAAAGCCUAGACCAAGACCAAACUACCACCACGUGCAGUGAGCCAGCUUCCGCGGCUGCUCCUACCAUUGCAACUACGACCCCGAAAACUCUUCUAGAACCACACGAAAGUAGGCCUGGAGAUUCAACAGAGCUUCAGGCUUACGAUGUCAACGCGAAGGAUCGCAAGAACAAAGCGUCCAAGGCUGCUCAAGAUCCUAUCUUCGCCAUUGUUGAGGCAGGUGACACCAAAACUAGAUACCACGUUCAUCGCUGGCUACUCGUACAAAACUCUGAAUACUUCAAGAAGGCGCUGAGUGGUCUUUGGAAAGAGGCGCAGGAUGGUGUCGUCACAUUGGAAGACGUUGAGUGCAGCACGUGUGAGUGGACAACAUUUGGAGGUAUGCAUGACUUACUUGACGAGACGACAGUCAGCAUCUUCGUCGACUGGGUAUACACUCAGAGACUCCCCCAAACCGAACUAGAGUGGUGCAACGGAAAGCAUGAAGAUCAUCGAUUAAGGAUGAAAAGCAACGCACAACUUGUACGUACAAAAGCUUUCAUUCUUGAGGAUCAAAUUAUGUCUCCACUGUUCUACAGAACGGUUCGGGAUAGCUUGAUCGAACACAUUGUCGAGAGGGGUGCAUACUACGGGGCUUUGAUCCAUGCCUUUGCUCAUCUCCCCAAAGCUCACGCGAUCCUCGAUUUCUUCGUCGAGGUGCAAUGCCGGGGAUUUGAUGAUUCAUAUGACACGGCUGGAAAUGGCGAACUCGAACUUUGAGCCAUUCUUCCACACGAUUUCCUCGUGCGCGUCAUGUUCCGUUAUAGUCGCUCCGACGAGGAAGAGCUACCGUUGGACGACAUUGAUCGGUGUGAUUAUCACGGUCACGCGGAUGAAGAGGAGAAGAAGCAGUACCAGACAGAGGUAAAUAGAGACUGAAAAUAAGCCUUUGAGAAGUUCACAAGGGGAGAUUAAGUAUAGCUUCAAGGCCAGGCGCACAAUAUGCGUUACAUGUUCAAUACUAUGCUCGUAUUGGCAUACUCGGAUCCAGGAUAAUCUACAUAUCCACUUGCAUACACGCAAAAUA